ACCCAAAGUCCAAACAGAAGCAUAAUGCAUUUGGAUUUUAACCUAAUAUUAUGGUUUUGGUCAAACUGUGACCAAAGUGGGGGUUUUCCCCCCACCUACUUGUUGAGAAAGCCUGCAGCCUCCUGCACGUCCCCCCUUUUUCUUUCAGACAACUAAAAAAAAAAAAAAAAAAAAAAAAAAAAAAAAAAAAAAAAGAAACACCAGCUCCUCUUUGCACGAGGAGGUGCAGGAGACGCAGGUAUUAGUUGUUAUCCCUCACCGGUCUGUGUUCUUGACGGUAAACGCGGGCCUCCCGGUGCCUAUUACUGGAGCUGCCAGAUGAUCGGUACGGAGUGGAGGUCCCACGGGACGCUGAGCACGUGGUCUCGGCUGCCACAAGACGUCAGCGGCAGAUGGCAUGGGUACCCGCUGUUGGCAUGAGUGUCAUUCCUCAAAGAGAGGAGGGAAGGGGAGAGAGGAGAACAGAGGCUGCGCGGCUCUCAGCUCCUGGAAACACUGAGGGGUCUGCAGAAGAAGAAGCUGCAGCGGAGAUUCAGGGGUGAUCCAGUAUUUGGGGCCAUGCAAGGUGCACGCUGACCAGAGGAGAUAUGUUGACGCUGCCAUUCGAGGAACCUCAUAUGAUGUGUGAGCCGCGCUUUGGUGCCAAUUACCCCCGCGAAGAUCUACCUGUGAGCCUGGAGCAGGAGCGCCAGCACAACCCAGACAGGUCCAAGCCAGACAUCAUGAGGGACGUCGAGGACGAUCUUUCUGACAGGGAGGAGGACGAAAGGGAGGACGACCAGGACGAGAACGGGCUUCCCAAAAAGCGGGGGCCCCGGAAAAAAAAGGCCGGGAAGGAGCAGGUGGACAGGGCCAAACUCCGGCGCCAGGAAGCCAACGCCCGGGAGCGCAGCAGGAUGCACGGCCUGAACGCUGCGCUGGAGAGUCUGCGCAAAGUUGUGCCGUGCUACUCCAAAACUCAAAAACUGUCCAAGAUCGAGACGCUCAGGUUGGCUAAAAACUACAUCUGGGCCCUGUCGGAGACGCUGAGCGCCGGGAAGAGACCCGACCUCCUUGCGUUCGUUCAGACUUUGUGCAAAGGUUUAUCCCAGCCGACCACCAACUUGGUGGCCGGCUGUUUGCAGCUGAACGCAAGGAAUUUUCUCACAGACCACAACGGCGAGGUGAUGUUUUCUGGCAGGUCGCCGUACGAAGCCAUGUACUCGUACGCCGGAACAGACAUGAACUCGCCCCCGGGCCACAGCGGCGGCAGCUUGGACCCGAGCGCCAAGCCGUUCCGGCACUACGGCUACAGCGGCGCCUACGAGCCCUACUUCGAAAACCCAUCCCCGGAGAGCGGGAGCCCACAUUUCGACGGCCAGCUGAGCCCCCCGAUGAACUUUAACGGGAUUUUCUCCCUCAAACACGAGGAGCCGCCGGAUUACGCCAAGAGUGGCCACUAUGGCAUGCGCUACUGUGGCGCGCCAGGACGCGCGGCCCUGGCGCCAAACUCAAUGUACCGGGUGUCCCCAGAGGCCCGUUUCCCCUACGACCUCCACGUCCGCAGCCAGUCCUUUCAAGCACAAGGGGAGGUUAAUGGUUCCUUCCACAAUUAAGCAGUCAGCUGGACAAGCUUCUCGUGCAAUUUCCCCGCACGGAGUGUGGAACAGCACGGACACAGACACGCUGAUGCGCAGCUACAGAAAAAUACGAAGAAGAAAAAGCCAAUUAAAAAAAACAAUAAUUCCAAAUAUCCAGUUUUUUUUAAUUCAACAUUUAAAUACGAUGAGUUGGUUUGUAAACAGCUCCUCUCCAGCUAAAUUCAUAUUGACAAACGAGAGCAAAAAAUAAUAGUAAUAAUAAAUAAAAUAAAAAAACGCAAGAAGGUCUUGUAAAAAUGAAAACGUUCAAAGGUAUCAAAUCUUUGAAAAUGACAAUUAAAAAAAGGCUGUUAUUUUGCCCCCCACCCACCCCACCCAGGUCAGAUAUGAAAUUCUGAUUUUUAAGCAAAUUAUUUCCAGUUUUAGCAAAUGCCAUUGAUUUUGGAAAUCUUUUAAAAACACAGUUUUAAUCAACUAAAAGAAACAACUGAAGAAGAAACAUUUCUCUUCAUCUCGGAAGUUUGUUGAUUGGACUUCAGUGAAUCAGUGUGUUGGCAAUAAAAAAAGGACAAUUGAGCUAUGCAAUCUAGCAACAUGCAAUCUUUGCUUACUAGAAAUUAAAAAAAUGUCUUCUCACAGGACAUUUUGCUUAAUAUAGAACAUGAUAAAAAAAGGUAAAAACUUUGGAGACAAUUCAGUUCGAAAUUUUGAGGUUUAAAAAAGUCAAAUGUAUUUAAGGUGAAUGGUGCGGUCACGAGGUGAUUUGUUUAUUUAUUUAUUUAUUUAUUUAUUUAUUUAUUUAUUUAUUUAUUUAUUUAUUUAUUCUAAGUUGGUGCAUUUGAAUGUGAAUAUUAUAUUAUAGAAGGGGAGAAAGCGAACGAACGUUGUAAAAUCAGACAGUGUGAACUUUUCUGUGGACUUCUAGAAACAUGUAAAGUUUGUUUUCUGUUGCCUUGUUGUAAAUUACGCCAAGUGUUUGUGUCAGAAGAACAAAACGUCACAUGCCUUAAAAAAAUCGGAAGGGAACAAAUAAGAAAAGAAAAAAAAGACAGGAAGUUCUGGAUUGUUUGGUGUAAACUUUAUUAGUAUUAUUAUUUUUACGCACAAAUGUUGCUGCCUCUGCUCAUAUUAUUUGUGUUUAUUUGAACCAUUUUUUUCUUUUCAUUAAUGGAGAAUAUAUAUAUUUGACCUUAUUUCUGCUGCUUUUGCUCAUCUGAAACACGCGCGCACAAUUGCGUCACACACACUCACGCGCACUUCUGCAAACUCGUUAUGGAUCGAAUUCUUCGUGAAGUAAUGUGUGAAUGUUUUGUGAUGUGUGUGUGUUUUUUGUCGCAAUAAAAUUCUAAAUAAAAAAGGAAGAAGAAGAAGGAGAAGAAGAAGGAGAAGAAGAAGGAGAGGCUGUGGGAGGCUUUCUGCUGGAGCUUCUCAGAUGUCUGUGGCAAUGACCGACAGCAGAUGGCAAUUAAGAAGGAAAAAAAUAAUAAUAACAACAACAACAAUAGUGGGGAAAUAAAUGAAGAUAAAACCGCCACGGGGCAUUAGUUUUAUUUAUUUAUUUCCUUAUUUUUUUCUCUCUCUCUCUCUGAAAAUGAAUAAAGUAAUCGUGCAUGACCUGAAAAGGAUGUGGCGGCUCACUGCAGGCCCGAUUUUAAAAGUUACCACCAAAGCUCUACUUAAGAAGCAAUCCAUUAAAAUGGGUUUUCUUUAAUAAAGUUUUCUUUUUGUCAAAUUUAAAUAUAUAAUAUUCCGACUGCCUUCCAGCUGAUCAGAUGGCUGAUUUGUGUCAGAAACGCGCAGGAGGUGUUGGAUGUCAUCCAGACAGCGCAGGCAGUUGAUCCUCGCAGUUUGGAGAGGAGAAGGAGUCGAUGAUCCCCUGAGGCAACAUUACUAAACGACAAGCCAUCUCCUCAACAACAAAACCCAAGAUCAACAGUUCUCCUGUUUAUUGGAAAUAUCUGUGAGAUAUUUGCUUCUCUUUUAAUUCGACUCCUCUCGGUUUAAAUCAGAUUGCUCGCAGCAUUUCUGCCAUGCUCUGGAAGGAUAAAUAUGAUGACUAAAGCGGGAUGAUCACUGAAUAUAUUAGUUUUUUUUAAUUAGAUGAUGAGUAAACAAAAUAAAAUCUAAAUAAGGCACACCUUUGUGUUUAAGCCCAGAAAAAGCAGGGGAUUCUGAUGUUAUCAGUCCACGAAAUGGAUGAAAAGCCCCCUUUCACUGUUAUAUAUAUAUUUUUUUUUUCCUUUUGCAACAUCACUAGUUAAGCAGCAACAUUUAGAAGCUGUGUUCACAUUGCACAAGGUCAGCAAGUUGCUAAAAACAACAAACUGAGCCAGAAGAGACAUCCUGCCAGCUGAUCUUGGAGCUUUAAGUCUUGUGAUCAGACUUGUGUCGGGAUUCUUGCAGAAAAUCAAAUUAAAGAGAGGAGCCACACUUUAAAAAAAGCCCCGAUGAGCUGACAUCAACUCCCAUUAACCCCCACCAUCCAUUUCCAAGCAACUAAUAGGAGCCCAGCACAUGGAGUCUGAAAAGGAAUAUGUUAAAAUACACGUUUUUUUAAAAACCCUGUUAAAUCUGUAAUUGCUGUAAAUAAACCUCACAUGUGCAACA